AUCAACGUUCAUUUCAAAGAUUAAGGCUAACAUAUGAAAGUUAGCUUUCAGCAGUUGUUUGAAACAAUAAACAGAAAGCCAAACUGUUGGACAGUUUGGGUGACACAACCUCAAAAGCACGAUCACCUCUGGCUUUAAAAUCAGAGUAGCGGUGAUAAGAUCUUCGGAGCUUUGCUGUAUAAACACAAGUCUGUCCAUGUACAGCCUCGUAUGUUAAUAACAGGAUUUUUAGGUGGAUUCUGGGUUUUGCUGGAAGCCAGUGAAGGGAUGCAAGAACAGGUGUGAUAUGUGUCCUUGGUGCUGCGCUCUGCACUAGCUGGAGACGAGCUACAGAGGACUGAGAGGUCCACGUCAAGGCGAGUUACAAAAGAAAGGCGGGAGAAAAUUAAAGUGUGAACGCUGCACACAGUGACUGCAAAGCUUUGAUAUUUCUGAAGUGAUGGAAACAAGACUGGUUGAACUUGAGUUUCAAAAUUCAGAUGUUGGUCAAAAAAGAGUCCAAGUUUUUUAAACAGAUAAUUAGGUGAGUAAUGGCUGUGCUUGUCGUUUAAGACGAUCUUUACCUGAUUUGUCUGCAAAAAUCUCGCAGACAAAUAGUUUGAGAAGAAGAAUAAUGUGGAAGGCCUCAAAAGUACUACACCUAAAAAUAUCAACUCUGUUGAGACUGAGAUGUGUUGAACAAUAACAGAUCACGUGUGAAGAGAAGAACAGCGUAAUAAGACACCAGGACGUGGAAGAUUGGCACAUGCUGAAACUCCGUGUAGCUGACUGACACUACCUGCCGAGAACAAAGACGAAGCUAAUGAGCUGUGGCUGCCAGCCGAAGGAAAUUCCCCUGUGAGGUCCGACCCACGAGUUAUGAUGACCCUCGGCAGUCAGGGAUCAUUAUGUAUUUUAAAUGUAAUUAACGGCAAUAAGUUUAUUAUGUGCAUAGACAUGAAACACAAACGUGCUUUGAUAGUCCUUAAGUAUACUCAGAGCCAUCUGUCCUCUUGCAUUAACUAAUAACCCUUCACUGUGCUGUCACAUAAAUGCAGGAUUACCAAGCAGUGGAGCUGAUGGUCUUAAGCUAGUCCACAUUCUGAUGUUCUGCUAAUGUGGACUCGGACUACAAAAGUUUAUCAAAGCGUUACAGAGUCCCAGGACUAUGCUUUCAUCUGUAGAUCAUUUGAUCCAAAAAUCUAAUCCAUCACCUGGUGAAGCUCUUAACUCGGUGCUGAGGUGUUUAAUCUGUAACAUCUCAUUUUUGGAUGGUAACCUUUGAAGUAUCCAGCACCUCUGUGAGCGCGCCCACGAGUCCAGGACAGCACAGAGAGGAGAGUGUUAGUGCAGCGUUAUAGGUGCACCCGAACGGCUCCCUGUGACUCACACCUCCGCUACUUGUUGAGGGACGCUGCUGCUGUCACACGAAGCACCCGUGCGCACCUUUAUUUUCAAAUCCGCGUGCAUGCGUGCGCGCGCGCAGCAGGGCUGCUUCCUGCUCACUCCGCGGUGCUGGUGCAUGGAGGCGGCUGGGCUGGGCUCUGCUCGGCUUGUGUCCGGCGGAGUUGACGGAGUCAGCGCGGUGUCCCUGCUGCGGAUAUGUGGGAACGGGUUUAGGGCUGGGCUCGAUUCAGCCCUUAACCUUAUUCGGAGUCAUGCGGACGUCGGGUGUCUUCAAACUACCACCGAGCUGCAACAGGAACUCCGAAAUCCAGCACUCUGACGGGUUGUGACUCAGACCAAGAGCUCUGGACUAAUCUGUGCCAUGAAGACCAAGAAAUCUCAAGCAGUUAGGCCAAGCUCACCUGCCUGCCAACCAAAGUCUCGCUUCACCUUACGAAGUAGAAAGAAGAAGGAGAGGUUGAUCCGAGGCAAGCUUCGCAUCCGCUCCAUGCCUGGAGCGUUCCUAGUGCUUGGCGUGGUUGUGGUGGUUGUUGGCACUGCUCUGGCUGUGGCAGGAUACUGGCCCUAUCAGAUAUCAAGGUCGUCCAUCCUGGGAGCUGCAGAUGGGGAAAGCGCCUCUGAAUCACAGACUUCCGGCUGGAGUCUGGGACCCAAGGGCUUCCUGUCCACAGCCAGUCUCAUUCACAGUGAGAGGAUGAAGCUGUUGGGACCAGUCAUCAUGGGGGUGGGUCUCUUCAUCCUCAUAUGUGCCAACACUGUCCUGUACGAAAACAGGGACAGAGAGACUCAGAUGCUGCUGGCCCAGAUGCGCAGUGUUAUCUGCUCCGUGUCUGCGGCUGUGCCUUCAGCUGACCUUAAAGAAAUAGCAGCAGCCAAUUCGAUGGCCAAACACUACCAGUGGGUUAGCAGUCUACCAGCUGCCCAUCUCAACAUUCUCUGUCUGCAGCAGCUGGCCACCUCUGAGCCCCUGCUCCAGAGCAGAAGCACCGUAGACCAGGGGCACAGCAUGGAGGGUUUCUACCAGCAAGCUGUUCUUCCGAUGGAAGGCCUCCACCACCAGGAGUCAAAGCCUCCGUGUUCCGCCAAAGCUUCCCUCUCCAGCUCAUGCAAUUCCAGUCAGACUGACUUUAAUGCACAGCUGGGUGCUAAAUGUGAAGAGAGAGCCAGCUGCAGUUCACACACUGGCCCACUUGUUAAGACCAAUGUGUGCCUGGUAUCUGCAGGCUCCAUGUCCACCUUAGGGGUGGAUGAAGUUGAUGUCCCAGCUGCUCAACCAAGGCGCUGCCACAGUAUGAGCUACAGGACUAACCCUUACACAAAGCGAACUGGUAGGUGUAUGGAGAGAGAGCACAUUCAGGCAAAUCAGCUUGAAGUCACUCGUAUGGAGGCGAGCUCACAGGUUUGUGUAAACGUUCUUGGACAGGUUGCCGAUUCUGCAGAGCAGACUCACCAAAGCUGGCCUCGGCUAGAUCUGGGCAACGGCAGACGAUACCUGAAACUGGAGAACAAAGAAGACUCGGUGGAAAAACUGCUGGACCAGUUGGAGCACCAGUGCUCUCAGGGGGAUACAAGUUUUGGAUCUGGGCCUUUCCAGUGAUGGCUGCAAACCCAGAAUGGAAUAAUUAUAUCUCGAUUUGAUUUUAGUUUUCACUUCUGUGCAGGGCAGAGAAUAACCGAGCCCAGGAAUAUUUGGAGUACGGCAUUUCUAUGAGCUCUUUCCCAAGCUUCAGUGGAGUAUUGAUACACAGCGUUUGCUUGGCUGGAUGUGGCAGAUGUUUUCUAUCAUUCAAGGAGAUGAACAAUAUACAUCCCCUACACUGAUGCAGCUGAGGGGAUCACAGUGUUUACUUCUGCUGUUUGGGUUGGCAGCAUUGCAAUAAAUCAACUUGUAUGUUGCCAAAAUGUGUUUGCCUGUUUCUGGAACACAGCAUGCACACAGUAAAAGGAGAGAGACUGUUUACACUGUGCAGUCAGUUCAGAACCAAACUACUCGGACUCCGGAGUCCAUAAAGAGAAAUGCAACCAGUGUAUGAACAUGGGACUUUUUUCCCUAUUCCAAAUGCAAUGCAUGACAGUGAUGUACAAUAUGCAAUAUGUUGCAUCUCAAUUCUUAUGCAAGUGAUGUCAUUGUUGGUUUUAUAUGCAUAAGUAGUAACAAAUGGUUAUUCUGAUUUAAAACAACUUGGAUCUUAUUCUCGUGUGUGUGUGUGUGUGUGUGUGUAGAUAGGUGUAUACCCAUUUCCUACAGAAUCGGUCAUGAUAACAUUGUGCCAAACAUCAGAAGACCAGCAGUGUCAGCCUGUACUUCAUGUUUGCUGUUCUAGUGUGUUACAUUAAGCCCAUCACUGAUAGCUUCAAAAUGGACCUUUAAUGUUAAAAAACUGCAACAAAGAGCCAACACCCGAUCCUGCAGCUGAUGACUGUUGACUCAUUUUCUGUUAUUUUAGCUACUCCAUAAAAUGCAAAACAUAACAUUUUAAUUACAUGUGUCUUCAUUAAGGUUUGAUGUCUCGUUAUUUACCUUUUAGAGCAGUUCACAAACAUUUAAUAGUGGUUUAUAACCCACGUUAAUCCACAUUAACAUUUAGCAAUGGCUGCUUGGGACUAUAAGAUAUUUGUUAAAUGAUUGUGUAUGAAAGCAAAGUGCUACUAAUUUAGUAACUAGUCUGUCUGAUCAUUUGGUUAGUGUUUUUGUCAUGACUAAAAAUGGUGACCAAACCUAUGACAAUAAGAUCCAAGUUAACAAAAAGAUUAUUGAAGGAAGAAUUGUUUGUUGUGCUUCUCCUGGUGAAUGCAGUAUCAUCUUGUAAUGAAUACAGGGAUGCCCCCUUCUUCUGGUGUCCAGUCAACUCUUUCAUAGUGUGCCCAGUAUUUAUGAGGAGGGUGACCAAGCCCCCACACAUCUUCCACUCUCGUCACAUCAUCCUUUGAUCAAUGGACUGAAUGGAUUGUGUGGACAAGGCAACCCUGCGACUCCACUUAGAUUUAGUAAGGUUGCUGUUACUGCAUACAGCUGGGUGUGUGUCAUAGAGGAAGAAGACGAUGAAUUGCAGUCUCCUGGGCGCUCCUUAUGUGCAGAUGUGCAGGGGCCAUCGCUCCAUGUUCCUUUGAAUCAACACUACUCUGCUUUUCUUUUUGUCUGUGCUGCCUGCUCUGUAUGCCACAUGUAUCUACAUGCAUACCAAGCAAUAUGUGCAGAACAACCACUGACUGCCUUGCCCUGUGCUGGACACCAAAUUAUAUAACAUUACCAUUCCCGUGUUAUAAAUAUAAGGCAAAGCAAAAGUAACAUCUUUGCUGUCAUCUCAUUUAUGCACACUGUCCUCUCUACACAUAUCACUGACAAUCCCAUUCUUCACAGGAGACCUUGUAUAUUAAAAACAUAGAACUGGGAUCUGGACUUUCGCAUCCCUCCCGAAAUCCUCCAGUUGCAAUUAUCCUCAGCAAAGCCUGAUGUAUAGCUCCAUAUCCCUCCCCUCUCCUUAGCUUUUAUUGUUCCUUCAGGGCAGGUAUGCAGUCCCUCAUGAUCUCCUCUUAUUUAAUUGGUCGUUUACAAGAUGGCCUCUAGGUUUCUAACAGCUCAUAAAGCUAGCAGGCAGGACCUCCUGCGCUCUGUGGCAAAAGUACAGGAAAGUAGAAAAUUACAGAGCUGCAAAAAGGUGUAGAUGUGAAAAAUGAGAUCAUAAUUUAGAACUUUUGUGCCAGACAUUGGGUCUUGUUGUCAUUUGCUCAACUGGUCUCUGCAAGCUGUCUCCACACUGCCAACCAAAGCAACGAGAGUAGAGGCUUCUGGAGUGAAUGGCUUUGUUAAGCAUUCAGCAUUCAGACACAGUCAUUUGCACAUAAUUGUUACUGUCCAUUAGCUAAUGUAGCCAAAUACAUUAGGAUCUGGGAAGCACUGAAUAGCAGCAUGUGCACAAGAGCUGAGUAAUUAUUACCACACCAGCACAUGUCAGUUGUGAUUAUACUGGCUUCCUGUUAAAUCCAGAAUUCAAAAUCCUGCUCCUCACAUACAAGGUCUUAAAUAAUCAGGCCCCAUCU